AUGGACGAAUCGAAAAUGUUAUUAAAAGCUCAGUACAGCUCAACGGCUGGUUCGAAAGCUCAUGGUAGAUCUAUACUUUCGCUAUGUAAAUUUUGGUAUAACGACGAUAUUCACAAGCAACUCAUAGUGGCUUUUGCUUCCAUUGUUGCCUGUGAUAAAACGUUAUUAAAAGUGAAAAGAAAAGAACAAGUAAAUGCGAUAAAGUCGAUAAUCGCGUUGAGUAAUGGAAAAAAGCAAAAGAAACUCAUCGAUGAUUUAAUCAAAAAUAUUGAAAAAGUAAUUACUGGAGCGAAAUUGUUGAUCGAAAGUAAACAAUUUCAUUCAUUUGAUCCAUUUCCAAGCAAUAAUUUAUUAAGAGAAGCGCUUGCAAAUGUCAUUGAAAAUACGGCUUUUUUUAGCGAAAUUGUUUUACGAUUUCCAUCUUUCAUUGGAAAAAGGUUUUCAAGUGAUUCGAACUGGAAUGCGAUAGUGAAUUGGGCCUAUAAUUUUAGCAUGGGAACGAAUUUGUAUGAUGAUUCUGGAUCUAAAUUAUUAAAUUUAGCUGCGCAACAAUUAAAUAUAAUUCCGAGGGAGGAAAAUUUUUAUAACCCAUAUGACAAAAGGAAUAUAAAAGAAGAAAUGGAGUUUGAAGCAGUACGAAGAAUGAACGAAGCAAAAGAACGAAAAUUGCAGGAAAAGAAAUUGGAAAGAAAAAGGAAAAAGAAAAAUGUACCUUCAUUAACGAAGAGCGAAUUAUGA